AGUCUCAAAUCUUGUUUCAACCGGAUAAAAUUACCGGACGGACUGUCACUCACGUUGAGGGUCAAAUAUCUUGAGGAUGUACUAACAGUGUUGUCGAAAUGUCAAGUUUCACCAGAUCUGCCCAGCAAUGGGCAACUUUCGCCCGCUCCUGGUUUGUGAUCGAUGCCAGGAUGCAGCCUCCUGGGAAGAUUGCAACCAUGUGUUCUGUUAGACUGCAGGGGAAGCACAAACCUAUCUACCACGCACUCAGUGACUGUGGGGACCAUGUAGUAGUAAUAAACACCAAACACAUAGCUUUCUCUGGAAACAAAUGGGAACAGAAAGUCUACUCAUCACACACAGGGUAUCCAGGUGGAUUCAAACAAGUCACAGCUGCCCAGCUGCAUCAGAAAGACCCAAAAGCUAUUGUGAAGUUGGCAGUUUACGGCAUGCUGCCCAAGAAUCUACACCGGCGCACAAUGAUGCAGCGAUUACACAUCUUUGCCGAUGACGAGCUGCCAGAGGACAUCCGAGCCAACCUAACGGAGGAACUGGCUCAGCCCAGAAAAAUCCCCAGGAAACUCAGCGAGUACACCCAGGAGGAGAUUGACGCCUUCCCCAGGCUGUGGACACCACCUGAAGACUACAAGAUGAAAUGAAAUCAAGGCUGCCUGACGUGAGCAAAACUGAAGAUUUUCACAUUACACUGAAAGCAACAGUUUCCUCGAAAUAAUUUGUAGUUGUGGCAGAAAGAGCUUUGUAAAGUCAAUGGCCAAAAAGAUUUUUUAGGAUUCAAAAACAUACAAUAAAUGAUUUUCUCUGUUCAGAUGAGACACUACAAGAACAAAAAGUCAUUUACACUUCUGUGUAAAUCCAGGCAAUAGCACUGGCUGCUCCAAAACUGAAAUCAAAGCUGGACUGGACUUUACUAAAGCAGUUAGUCAUCACACAGAUGCCAGCAUCGUCAACACAAACUCUCUUCUGCUCUGUCUGUGUGGCUAAACACAAUAAAACCGCUCUGUCAGUUGUUUUGGCCUUGACACAACCACAGCAGACCUGAAUAAUCGGGGAACAGCUUGAGAUUUCACCGUGUGGCUCAGCUCUGAUCAGAGAAAAAUCAGAUUCUGUGGGUUUUCCCUCUGAUUAUACAACCAUGAAAUGAUCAGAUCUGGCCCAUAAAAAAUGACAUCUGUUAGAGCUGAUCCUGCCUUUGAAGGUUUGUGGGUUCACAGUGAAACCAAUUAAUGUGUUACCAUGGCAACACUCAGGCCAUCAGUGCAGUUUCAGUAGAAAAAUGUUAACUUUGGUCAGGAAAUCCUGAGCUUUUCCUCUUGUGUGUGUUUCAAUAUUGUUGUCAACUAUGAAUCUGUUCUUUUUAUUUGAAUCGUAAAAUAGGCUAAUAAACAAUUUAAAAGGAAAAUAUUAA